AUGGCAGACGAUGAUCGCCGAGCUAAGCGCUCGCGCUUUGACCAGACUGAUCCAGAGCCUCGUCGCUCUCGCUUCGACCGCCGCUCACGAUCUCCGUCCGCCCGACAGUCCGAAUCUGUACGCACUCGUAGUCCGUUGAGUCGUGAGCCUCGAAGCCCCGCUGGAGAGGUCUCGGGCAAAUUGGACCCGGCCGCAGCAGCUGCGGCGGCGGCGGCCAAGAUCAAUGCGCAACUGCAGGCCAAGAAGGGCAUUCAGCACGUCGAUGUUCCUCCAAUUCGCUCGACCGACAGCCCUGGGGCGCAAUCCGACGGCGCAGAUGGCAAGUCCAAGACCGAAGUUUAUGUUGCCGACGGAGACUACAUCAAGGACAUCGAGAUCAACGACUUGCGCAACCGAUACACCCUGACCAAGGGCUCUACUCAGAAAAUGAUCAAAGAUGAAACUGGCGCUGAUGUGACCACCCGCGGAAACUACUACCCGGACAAAAAUAUGGCGACUGCUGCGAACCCCCCGUUGUAUCUCCACGUCACUAGCACCACCAAGGAAGGACUUGACAAGGCUGUUCAGAUCAUUGAUGACCUCAUGAAAAAGGAGCUUCCAAACCUCGUUGACGAGCGCCGAUUUCGUCGACGGGAACCGGAGCAGCAAGUUGAGCGAGAUGAAUUUGGCCGUCGUAAAUGGCCUGACGAGCGCAUUCCUAUCGAUCUUGAGCCCAUUCCCGGUUUUAACCUGCGCGCUCAAGUUGUUGGUCAAGGCGGUGCCUACGUCAAGCACAUUCAGCAGAAAACACGUUGCCGCGUGCAGAUCAAAGGACGUGGCUCCGGCUUUAUCGAAUCAAGCACUGGUCGAGAAAGCGACGAGCCGAUGUUUUUGCAUGUCGCUGGCCCAGAUCCGAAUGAUGUGCAAGCUGCCAAGGAGCUCUGCGAGGACCUUCUAGCCAAUGUUCGCGAGCAAUAUCAGAAUUUCAAGGACAACCCCCCGCAGCACAGUUAUGGAGGCUAUCGCGGAGGCGGCGGUGGUGGCGGCGGUGGUGAUCGCUAUCACGGUGGUGAUCGAGGCGGCGGUGGCGGCUACAGAGAUCGAUACAACGACCGUCAUCAACAACACCAACACCAGUCUCCGGCUCCUUCUGCUAGUCCUGUUGAUCCCGCUGCCUCGGCCGCUGGUGGAGCCGACUACAGCGCAUAUGCUCAGUAUUAUGGAACGGCUGACCCCUACGCUGCGUACGGUGGUUACCAGAACUACGUGGCAUAUUACCAAUACUACCAGCAAGCCGCUGCUGCUCAACAACAGCAGCAGCAAGCCACCGAGACCCAGACUCCUCCACCUCCACCCCCUCCUUCUAACGAGGCCCCUCCACCUCCCCCCCCCUGGCUCAGAAGCUCCCCCACCACCUCCACCGCCAGGUGCCAGUGGCUACAGUGCAGUACGUUCCGAUACCCAGAGUAA